CUUCAAUGGGAGAGAAAUUCUGGAACAUUGACGCGUUCUUGAAUUUGAAAACCGGACUCCGAGUCUCAUAGCAUUGCCAAAAAUGCACCGCCGCUUUCGCCCAACAUGUUUCAUCUUCAACGAUCAAAACCCAUUUUCCGUUUCAAAUUCCCGAAUUUUCCCGCCACCCAUUCAAGACUUCUCAACACGCUUUCAUCUCUGUUCAGUCGAUGCAAAUCUCGUCAACAGCUCCAGCAAAUUCACGCCAGGUUCGUCCUCCAUGGUUUCCACCAAAACCCAACUCUCUCUUGCAAACUCAUUGACUGCUAUGCGAAUUUUGGACUCCUUAAUCUCUCUCACCAUGUUUUCAAUUCUAUAAUCGAUCCCAAUUCGGCUCUUUACAAUGCUAUUCUGAGAAAUUUGACUAGAUUUGGUGAAUAUGAGCGCACCCUGUUGGUGUACCGAGAAAUGGUUGCUAAGUCCAUGCACCCUGAUGAACAAACUUACCCUUUUGUUUUGCGAUCAUGUUGUUGUUUGUCAAAUGUUCAAUUUGGGAAGAACAUUCAUGGGUGUUUGAUUAAGCUUGGUGUUGAUUCUUAUGAUACGGUUGUUACUGUUCUGGUUGAGAUGUACGAAAAGUGCAUUGAUUUUGAGAAUGCCCAUCAACUGUUUGAUAAAAUGUCUGUGAAGGAUUUGGACUGCUGGAGUUCAUUGAUUACAGAGGCGCCUCAAAAUGGUAAUGGGGACGAUAUUUCCCGGCUCUUUGGGAGGAUGAAAUCAGAGCCAUUAGUGACAGAUUCACUCACAUUUAUCAAUCUCUUGAGGUCUGUUUCGGGUUUAAGUUCAAUUCAGCUUGCAAAAAUUGUUCAUUGUAUUGCAAUUGUGAGCAACUUAUGUGGAGAUUUGUUGGUAGAUACUGCCGUGUUGUCUCUUUACUCCAAGUUAGGUAGCUUAGUAGAUGCUCGCAAGUUAUUUGAAAAAAUUCCUGAAAAGGACCGUGUUGUAUGGAAUAUAAUGAUAGCAGCUUAUGCUCGAGAAGGACGACCAAUGGAAUGUCUCGAGCUUUUCGAGUCCAUGGCACGAUCCGGGAUUAGAGCCGAUCUAUUUACUGUGCUUCCUGUUAUCUCUUCGAUUUCACAGCUGAAACGUGCUGAUUGGGGCAAACAAACCCAUGCCAACAUAUUGAGAAAUGGUUCAGAUAGUCAAGUUUCAGUUCAUAAUUCUCUCAUAGACAUGUACUGCGAGUGUAACAGCUUAGAUUCAGCUAGUAAGAUCUUCAACUCGGUCACAAACAAGACUGUAAUUUCAUGGAGUGCUAUGAUCAAGGGGAAUGUCAAACAUGGUUAUCCUCUCAUUGCUUUGUCUCUGUUCUUCAGGAUGAAAUCUGAUGGCAUUCAAGCUGAUUUCAUUACAGUGAUCAAUAUCAUGCCUGCAUUUGUUGACAUAGGAGCACUUGAAAAUGUAAAAUAUUUACAUGGGUACUCAUUGAAGCUAGCCCUGACUUCCCUGCCAUCCCUUAACACAGCCCUCCUAAUCACCUAUGCAAAAUGCGGGUGUAUAGACAUGGCCCAGAGGCUAUUUGAGGAAGAGAGAGUUAAUGACAAAGAUUUGAUAAUGUGGAACUCCAUGAUCAGUGCUCAUGCCAACCAUGGAGAUUGGUCUCAAUGUUUCAAGCUCUACAAUCAAAUGAAGUGCUCGAAUUCAAACCCAGAUCAGGUAACGUUUCUCGGACUACUAACAGCGUGCGUCAACUCCGGUCUCGUCGAAAAGGGAAAGGAGUUUUUCAAGGAGAUGAUUGAAAGUUAUAGCUGCCAACCAAGUCAAGAACAUUAUGCUUGUAUGGUUAAUCUCUUAGGGAGAGCUGGGCUUAUCAAUGAAGCUGGAGAACUUGUAAGAAACAUGCCGAUCAAACCCGACGCUCGAGUUUGGGGUCCAUUGUUGAGUGCUUGUAAGUUGCAUCCUGGGUCUAAGCUUGCGGAGUUUGCGGCCGAGAAGCUCAUCGAUAUGGAGCCGAAAAACGCAGGGAAUUACAUAUUGCUUUCGAACAUAUAUGCUGCUGCAGGUAAAUGGGAUGGAGUGGCUAAAAUGAGAAGUUUCCUCAGGGAUAAAGGGUUGAAGAAGACCCCUGGUUGUAGUUGGCUGGAGAUCAAUGGCCGUGUAGCCGAGUUUCGUGUCGCUGAUCGAACUCAUCCGAGAGCCGAAGAUAUCUAUGCCAUUCUGGGAAACCUUGAACUUGAUAUCAAAGAGGUUAAAGAAAUGAGUCCAGAAAAACUGGGUACUCUUCUAUAACACUUCUGCGUCCAUUUUUUUUUUAUAAAUGUGUUAAAAGAAUGAGAA